AUGAAUUCCCUGGUAGCUCUCGUGCUCCUGGGUCAGGAGUCUAUAGGAUCUACGCUUAGCUCUCAAGUGAGGGGGGAUUUAGAAUGUGACAACAAAGAAGCUAAAGAGUGGGCAGAUAUGGCUGUGCGCUACAUCAACGAGCAUAAACUACAUGGAUACAAACAAGCCCUCAAUGUAAUCAAGAAUAUCCUUGUUGUUCCUUGGGAUGGCGAUUUGGUGGCAGUCUACCUUAAAUUAAAUCUUCUGGAGACAGAAUGUCACAUGUUGGAUCCCCAUCCUGUCGAGAAUUGUACUAUAAGGCCACAGAAUAAUCAUGCUGUUAAAAUGGACUGUAAUGCCAAGAUAAUGUUUGAUGUUGUGACUUUCAAACAAGAUGUUUUUGUGAAAUGCCACUCCACUCCAGAUUCUGUCGAAAACGUACGGCGAAAUUGUCCUAAAUGUCCAAUUCUGUUGCCUUGGAAUGACUCUCACGUGGUAGACUCUGUUGAAUAUGUGCUUAAUAAACACAAUGAAAAACUUUCCGGCCACGUUUACGAAGUUCUUGAGAUUUCAAGAGGGCAGCACAAAUAUGAGCCUGAAGCUUUCUAUGUGGAGUUUGCUAUUGUGGAGGUUAACUGCACUGCUGAGGAAGCCCACGAUGACCAUCAUCACUGCCAUCCUAAUACAGCAGGAGAAGACCAUAUUGGAUUCUGCAGAGCAACUGUUUUCAGGUCGCAUGCUAGCCUGGAAAAACCUAAAGAUGAAAAGUUUGAGUCAGACUGUGUCAUCCUUCAUGUCAAGGAGGGAUACGCUUACUCCCAUUUGCUCUACAAGCAGAUUGAAAAAUAUAAUGUUCCACCAGAAUUCAGAAAUACUGUCCUCAACCUCACCCAUUCACACAAUCAUACAAGCACCUCACACGAGUCUCAUGAACAUGUGGCGGAAGUCCCAGUUGCUUUUGUCAAGAAAGAACUCCCAACAGAUAUAUCAGAUCAUGACACACCCCCUGUGGAAGGUUGUCCAGGAAAAGCACUUCACUUCCAGCUGUAGACCAGCCAUACUAGAGAGCAUUGAGAAACCACCCAGUUGGUGCAAACCCGUUUUCCAAAUCUGAACUCAAAACUUGAAUCCCAAAAGGGUUUACCCUGACACAUUACAGUCUUUGCCAAGUGUUGUGAUCACCCAUGGUUGUUAUAAGAAAGGGGCUUUGUAUUUGUGCCUUUCUGCUUAUACAAAUGCAGGUUCUGAUGCUCACUUAACAUGUUCCUGUCCCUCUCUCUGUUCAGCCAAGGAACGAGAAAAAAGUUGAUCAGAAGUUAUAUUAGUCCUAAAGUCCAAAUUCUUCCUUUUUAUUCUUUUAAAGAGAAAAUGCAUAGCAUUUGACAACAAUACCCCCAAAAUCCCAUCACCUCUAUUCCUUACGAGAUUUGUUUUCCCCAGAAUGUUUCACCAUUCUGCAUUAUUUGACAGGGGCAAUGUUUAACAAAGUCCAAUAUACUGACAGAAAAAAGGAGAGGGUACUUUCUAAAUAAAUUGUUCAAUUCUAAAA